UGCCGGGGCUGAUGGGGCCUGCAGUCCCGCGCCUCACCCCGUGCGCCCUGUGGGGGGCUGGCCCGUCGUCGGCGAGCGCUUCGGUUCUUCCGCCUCCUUGGGCUCCCUCUUAAGGAAGUGCAUUCAUCGCGUGGGGGGGGGGUUUGAGGAGCUGGGAACUGCCCCCCUUGCCCUCAGGAAAAAAUGUAUUUCUUUCUUCUGUUUCCGGCCUGCUGUCGCAGAAUCUCAACUAAAGGCCCCCACGAUGACAACCCUGGACGACAAGCUGCUGGGAGAGAAACUGCAGUACUAUUACAGCAGCAGCGAGGAUGAGGACAGCGAGAAAGAGGAGGGGGACGAGGGGCCUCGCGCAGAGGCCGACGCUGCCGUGCCGAGGGAGGUGGCGCUGAGCAGCGACGGCAGUGCUGUGAACACAGGCCCCAAAGGCGUGAUCAACGACUGGAGGAGAUUCAAGCAGCUGGAGACAGAGCAGCGGGAGGAGCAGCGCCGGGAGAUGGAGCGGCUCAUCAAGAAGCUCUCCAUGACCUGCAGGUCACACCUGGAUGAGGAGCAGGACAAGCAGCAGCAGAAGGAGCUUCAGGAAAAGCUCAACGGCAAGCUGACGGCGCAGGAGUACAGCCUGCUGCACGAGAGCGCGGACGACGAGGCGUUCCUGCAGCAGUACCGCAAGCAGCGCAUGGAGGAGAUGCGGCGGCGGCUGCACGGCGGGCCGCAGUUCAGGCAGGUCUUCGAGAUCCGCAGCGGGGAGGCCUUCCUGGACACCGUGGACCAGGGCCACAGGAGCACGCUGGUGGUGAUCCACAUCUACGAGGACGAGGUGCCCGGGGCCGAGGCGCUGGACGGCUGCUUGGUGUGCCUGGCCGCGGAGUACCCGGCCGUCAAGUUCUGCCGGGUGCGGAGCUCCCUGAUCGGCACCAGCGCCCGCUUCACCGGCCACGCCCUGCCGGCCCUCCUGGUCUACAAGGGCGGGGAGCUGGUCGGGAACUUCAUCCGCAUCACCGACCAGCUGGGCGAGGACUUCUUUGCCGUGGACCUGGAGGCUUUCCUGCAGGAGUGCGGUCUCCUGCCGGAGAAGGACCUGCUGCUGCUCACCUCGCUGCGCGGUGCCGCCCCGUGCUGCAGCGAGGACAGCGACCUGGAGAUCGACUGAGGUGGCGGGGGGGGUCGGGAGCAGCCGUCCCGUUCCCUGCUAGUCAUAGAGGGCGCUUGCUGGACCACACACCUCCCCGCUCCUGAGCAGGUAGCCGCACCCCGUCCCUUCAGCCUGCCCGGCGGAGCUCCGCUGCCUGCCCAGAACACCCUUCCCUGUUGUACGUGAGCCCUCCGCCCCCGCGGCCCCAUCGCCCUAUGAGAGCACCGGUGCCCCGGCACCUUGUCCCAGUCGGAAGUGGGGUGGCGCCAGCCGCUAGGGGCGGGAACGUGUGUGCGGAGGGCCCCUUUUGGGGGGCCCGUCAGUCGUUUAAGAAGAACCCUGGGUAGCUGCUGAAGCGAGUGCUGCAGACCACAGCGCCGCCCCAGUCCCCUCCAGCUCAGGCUGGGUUCUGGCCACGUCUCGCCCCCCCACGUGCUGGGUAGAAACAUCCUCCUCAGAGUGAGCUGUCUGUGCCCAAAGGGGCGCGCCUUCCUGUGUCACGCUCCAUUCUUCCUGUGUAGAUUUUACUGUUUUGCUGAACUCUUUUGCUAUCUGUGAAAGACUCCUGGUUUUCUUAAAUGAAUGCAAUAAAAUACAGAAUGCCUCUCUUCCCAUCCCAA